CGCUGGUUACUUCCGAGAAAAAUCUUCAGCUGAUUUGUGAGGACAGUCAUUGACAAAUGUCCCGUUAAAAACGUCUGUCACCGCUAUCAAUCAUCGACAGUUUGUUAUGCGAAUGAGUCACCAUGGCAACUGCCUCCCCAUCUCAUGUUAGCAAGGAGAAACUUACUGAUGAACUGUCUUGCUCCUUGUGUCUUGAGUGUUAUAAACAACCCAAAGUGUUGCAGUGUCAGCAUACGUUUUGUCUGCCAUGUUUACAGAGGCUCAUGGAUGCUUCCUUUCCUAGUAUGCAAAUCACUUGCCCACUCUGUCGAGAACAAACCUUUGUACCUAAUGGAAACAUUGAGGCUUUGAAAACAAACUACAUCGUGGAAAGCCUUCUGACUUUCAUGGCCCAGUGUACAAGCAUGGGCGGACACAGUGACCUUGAGUGGUCGGGCCAAACUGUUGCGAAAUAUUGCCAACUUUGUCAAGAGGAAAGGGAAACUGACAUUUUUUGCGACGACUGCAAAAUGUGGCUGUGUAAAUCGUGUUCUGUGCCACACAACAGGCUCCCUGCUACGAAGUCGCAUCGAACCAUGGCUGUUGCUGACAUUGUUACAAAGGCCAAGGACAAGUUGAAGGUCGUUGAAAAAGAAAUGCAAGGCUUGGAGGAGGCGAUAGAGGAACAACACCAGAAGGUUCUCAUGAAUCAGGAAUUUCUGUCGCAACAGGCGGGUAAGGUUGCAUCGCAGAUUGAGGCCUCAUGGCGGAAGGCAGUUGACAUUAUUACGGAAAAGAAAGUUGCUCUCAUGCAGGACAUAGCUUUGAGUGUGUCACAAAUUGAUGCUAAACAACAAAGCAAGAUCACCCUGUUGCAGGAAAAUGCACAACGUAUAAAGGAAGGCUUGAGUUUCGUGAAAGAUGUAAGGAAGAGUUCCGACGCUCAUCACAUUACCAAUAUGUUCGGACAUGUUGAAGCGGUGAGGCAGACUGUGUCACAUGAUUCUUUGGCUGAGGAUGAUUUCGAGAAAUGUCAGAUUGAGUUCCAUGCUGUCGAACCGCUGUCUCAAGCGAUAAGUAGCUCAUCGCUUGGACACAUCUUGUGUGGAAAAUCGUCAGUGGAUGAUUCCCCCGUGUACCCAGACAACGCUGUGACAGUAGGCGAGCUGGUCCAUCGUCUUGCAUAUGGGUACUACAUUACCGGAAUAGCUUCAGCAUAUGAUGGUAGUAUCUUUGUGGCUUCCAACUGCAAUUCUCUUAAGAAAAUCAAGAAAAGCAUUUGUGAAGAAGAGAUCUACCACGUUGUGAAGCCGUGGGGGGUUGUCAAAGCUCCAAGUAGUGAGCUGAUCCUCACAGACUGUGGGAAGAGUCUUGGUGGGGGGUCAGUCAAUAUUCUUGACUUGGAGGGCAAAUUUGCCAGAGUGAUCGCAAAUGGUCUCUCUCUUCCUCGUGGAGUUGCAGUGGACAGUCACGGUCGCAUCCAUGUCUGCGAUGAAAAUGAUCGAUGUGUUUAUGUGAUGACACCGGAAGGAAGAAUUGUCGCCAUUAUCAAAUAUUCUUGGGAUGGCAAGUUUCUGUUUGAGGCGCCAAGGUUCAUUACCAUCAACAAGUAUGACUACAUCUUCAUUUCAGAUGGAGGAAAGUUUGUGAAAAUGUUCGACAGUAAUUUCCAGCUCAAAUGGACAUACAAGUCUCCAUUUGCUCGGGCUGAGUUCUGGGACAUCUUAACGGCUGACGUGGGCGUACUUUAUGUUGCGGACUGGAAUCAUGGCAUACAUAUUCUCUCAGAGGAAGGAGAGUUCCUGGGCCUGCUGAAACAGCCAUUUAAUGAUAUUGUUGUCAAGGAACCCACAGCGUUCUGUCUCAAUUUCAACAGAUCCUCGCUUUUAGUCGGGACAUCAAAUGGAGAAGUAUUUGCUCUUGACACAGUUGAAACAGAAUAAAGAUGGCCUCUCACAAUGCCGUUAUCAUUGCCAUGCCAUGAAUAUGUUGCAAUGGGACUAACUUGGCUGUCUUCCAGUCUCAGAUCUGCACCAUCAUAAGACCUAUUGUCUCCUGUCUCCAAAGUCUAGCUGAUGUAUCUAGUUGCUGAAAAUCCAUUGGCGGAUUCAGAGGGGGGUACACACUGCCCCGUUUUUUUUAUACCUUACAUGUUAACUGUGCCCUUGAUCAAGUCACUUAAUGACUUGUGUAAUAUGUAUGCACAACCAUUUUCAAAAUUCUGGAUCUGCCUGUGAACUUGUAAAAAUGUGGCCCUACUGCUCAACCCAUGGAAGUCAUACAGAAUAACAGCUGUCAUAGUUGUAGCUUGAAGCUUUGACCAAUAUGGCUGAGAUCUGACUGAACACAAAAAAACUAUAAAAUAGAAAUCAGAAUUGGAGGACUUGAGGACAAUUGUGACUAGGAACACAAACUUUGGGUGAUCUUGCCGGGCUGUGACCCAGUUUUUGAGCUGGAUUGCCAAAUAUAGACAGAAUUAUUUUCAUUGCGAUGGAAAUCAUAUUCUUGAAGAUGUCACUACAUUUAUUAUACAUGUAUUGGGAAAUUCAGCUUAUUUUCAAUGCUUGUACAUACCAGAGCAAUAAAUUUGCAUGAUAAACCAGUU